AUGCUGAUGGAAGGCAGCCCCAGUGAUCGCCUCACUUUUGGGAAGAUGGAUGCAAGCAUUAUAGAAGAAGAUGCAAGAUUCGAGCUCCAUGCUGUAACGAAGUCUAUGAUUGCCGCCAUUGUCACAAUGAAGCCACGGUUAUUUGCUCUGUCUGUGACACUGAGCAACCUGUACUUCCCCUCGACCUUAGUACUGAAUCGUAGUCGAUUCUUUCCUACAAUCUGUAUAUUAAUAUUUUACUGUCUCAUCCAGGUUGCACAUGUUUGUGUAAACUGUGGUGUCAAUAUGGGAGAGUAUUUUUGCGAAAUCUGCAAAUUCUACGAUGAUGAUAUUGAGAAAAGACACUUCCAUUGUGAUGAUUGUGGAAUCUGCAGGAUUGGAGGUCGGGAGAACUAUUUUCACUGCAAGAAGUGUGGCUUGUGGUAUUCAAUCAGUUUACGCAACAACCACCUCUGUGUGGAGGAUUCCAUGAGGCAUCACUGCCCUAUAUGCUUUGAGUAUCUGUUCGACCCCCUCAAAGAUGUAACGGUCAUGAAAUGUGGACACACCAUGAAUUCUGAAUGUUACCAUGAGCUAAUAAAGCGUGACAGGUUCUGCUGCCCAAUUUGUUCCAAGUCGAUCAUGGACAUGUCUAUCGUGUGGUGGAGAAUAGACGAGGAAAUUGAAGCAACCAUGAUGCCUGAGGAAUACAGAUACAAGAAGGUGUGGAUUAUGUGCAACGACUGCAACGACACUACUGAAGUCUACUUCCACAUAAUUGGCUGGAAAUGCAGCCAUUGUGAAUCGUAUAAUACAAGGACAAUUGCUCCUUCCUCAGUGAAAACAGUUUCAAAACUCCCAUUAUUUUGCUCUGAUGCAACGGAAAAGCUGGUGUAGUAUGACUGAUAUCCAUUGUUUCUCGUCUUUUUUAUAUGCAUGAUAUACACUAUUUUAUUGCUCUUCCUACUCUUCCUAUUAAUAUGUGGGAAAAAAUUACCGAGCUCAGUGACUCUGUAUUGAUAUGUACAAAGAUUCAUUGAUUUGUGUAGUUCAUAAUUUACUCCAAAAUGAUGCUAAA